AUGAUUAAUUGGGGGUCCGCAAAAAACAAUGAAACAAAAAAUGAAAGGAAAAUAAUCCAUUGUUAUGACAUAGGAAAUAAUAGUGAACAGAGGGAAGAUAUAAAUAAUUUAUUAAAAAAUAUAAAAAAUGAAGAUAAAGAAUUGUGUUUUCCCUUAUUAAACUUUUAUUUUUUGAAUAAAAACUUUAAAUACCAAAAUUUAAAGGAGAGUUUAGAAGUAAAUAGCAAUAUAAAUGAAUAUGUUAAUUUGAAACUUCUUCAUAAGGAUGUAUAUCCAUCAGACAUCUCUUUUAAUAAGGAAAGAAUAAAUAGACAAAAGAGAGCAUGGGAAAAAAUAAAUGAUUUGAAGAUGCAUGGAAAAACUGUGGAAGUAGACAGUCGAACUCGUGAUAUUUUACACUUACUUAAAGGAAAGCACAAUGAUUAUGAGCGCGAUGAUAAUAGCAAUAUAAAUAAUAGAAGAAAUAGCGGAUGGAGUAAAGGGAAUAUUGAGGUGCCAGAAAAUGCUCCAGAUAUUUGGAAAAAAAAUGAUAUAAUUGGAACAUUUAACCCAAUAUAUAAUGCUAGAGAUAAGAUAAUAAAUGAUAAUUAUUCUGAGUCUAUUCCAACAAUUGAUAUUUUUUAUAAUUCAUCAAAAUUACUUACUAUUCAAACUGUUUUCGAGCCAAUUAAUGAUUAUAUAUAUUUACUGCGUCUAUUACCAAAAUUUUGUCUACCCCUAUAUGAUUCAGGCAUAUUACAAUAUGCAUGCGAAGAUCCAUUAUUAAAUCCGAAAUUAAGAGGUCUUGAACUUUCUUAUAGAUUACUAAUCCAUGAUAUAUUAUUCUAUGCCCUUUUUUCAUAUUUAUCUGAUUUACCAUUUUGGGCAAAACCACCAAUUGAACUUUUAAGAAUUUAUAAUUAUGAAAGUUUAUAUUCCUUUAAUGAUUACGAAUCAGAUCAUACUGAACGGCUAGUUUUUCAUAACAUAAAAAAUGUUUUAUAUAAUUUUUCAGACACUAUAAAUAAAAUUGAAUUAUUAUAUCCCAAAAAUUAUUACAUUACUAUAUUUCCAAAUAUAUACUUUAAAAAUAUUAUCGAUUUUUUAAAAUCAGAAAAUUUUAAAUUAAAAAAAAUAAUAAUUGUUAUUAAAGGAAAAAAUUUUAUUAAUGAACAAAUGAUUAAUUAUUUUAAAGAGAACUUAGAAAAUUUUAAAGGAAUUACUACAGAAAACAUAAAAAGGGAUAUACACAAGAAACAUUAUAACACAAAUAAAAAUAUAGAAAAUUGUAAUAAUCAACAAAAGGAUACAAAAAGUAUAAUUCAGGCCAUUAAAAAGUGUCAUGAGUCUAAUAAAAAUAAUUCGAUUUUUGGAAAAGACACGUUAAAAAAAAUAAAUGUAAAUGAGAAAAAAUGUGAGAAUGGCCCUAUCCACUUAACUUAUGAAAGCAUGUCCACAAGCCAAUACUAUAAAGAAGAAAUUACUGAAAAAAAUAAAAUACAUUCUAAAAAAUUUGAUGAUACUAAUAUAUCAAAUAAUGAAGAACACUAUACUUUUUGCAAAAAAAAUAAUAGCAGCGAUUUGUCAAAUGUGUAUAAUAAAUAUUAUGAAAAGGAGAUAAGAGAAAAUAUAAUAAAUAUAGAGAAAGAAAAUAAUAAUGAUAUAAGUGAUAAUUGUGAUUCAUUUGAGUCAUCAUGUAGUGAAAACGAUGAAACAGAUGAUGAAAAUGUUGAUGGAUUUUUUAAAACUAAGAAAUUAAAAAAUACAGUAUAUGAUAAAGAUAAUUACUCUUUUUUAAAAUUUAUUAAUCAAAUUAUAAAUUAUGAAAAAAUAAUUGAUUAUUUAAAAAAUGAUCCACAACGUCAAGGAGAAAAUUCAAAAAUCCGAUUUUAUAUAAAAUUAUUACUUUUUGAAAAAUCAAGCACAUUUUAUAAUAUAAAUCAAGAUGAAGCAAAUUUAGACAGAAUACAAAAUCCAUAUUAUGAAAUGAACUCUGAAGAACAAUUCGACUUGAUAGAUACUCAAGAAAACACAACCCCAACGAAUACUGAUAUAAUUGGGUGUAGUGAUAAUAAAGAGGAUGAAGACAAUGUUCCAGAAAUAAAUGAUUCGAAUUAUAGAAAUCAUGAAAGUGGUAGCAGUUGUGAUGGUGGAAAUGCAGGAUUAAAAGAUAAUUGUAAUACAUGUUCAGAUAAAGAAGAGAAAAUAAACAUCAAAGAAAUAAAUAAUAGUAGUCAAAAUUCAUCAGAUGAUUAUAUUGGAAAUUUAAUAAAAAAUGUAAGAGAAACUUAUGGUAAUAGCAAUUUUUUAUCAUUUAAAAGUAAUGAAGAUAUUGAAGGAGACAAUAAUUUAAAUUUGGAUCAUGUACAAGAUUCUCUAACAAGGAUUACCUUCAAUUUUAAUUAA